AUGUCUUCCCUGGUUGCCUCCUGGCCUUCUGCGUCUCCCCUGCUGUUCGUCUACUUUGUUCUUCCGGUCUCUGGACACAGCACCGUUCACACAAAACGCUCAGGCAGUGUCAAUGACAGGCCACCUAUAGACAAGGCACUUUUAGGAAUUCAGGUCGGCAGUAUUUGUGCUGCCUAUGUGAUCUUUGUUGCUGCCCUCCUUGGUUUACUGCUCCUGGUCGGACGGCGACUACGACGGACUGUUCAGUCCUCAAACUAUUCGCUGCAGAUGCAAAUGCUGAAGCCGGUGAAGCAACCUGUCAGCUUAGACCCUAGUCCAAUAUCUCCCGCCUCGCACAUCCUACCCAGUCCCACAUUCGCCCACCACCACACUUCUUCGUGGGGAAGCACCCAGCGUGGAAACAGACCCUCGCAGACUUCCGUGAACGGCAGCAUGGUUACCAUCGAUGAAUCUGUGGUCGCUUCGGACCGGCAAAGGGCCCAGGACCAGAUGGAGAUGUUAUAUGCUGCAGUUAUGGAGCAUGAUGCCCAAAAGGCUUCCGGCGUCGAUGUCUCUGUUCGAGAUCGAGACUCCCAGAGCCAAUCCCCAGACAGCCAAUAUACCAAUCCUUUCACCGAUCGACAUGCCUCGUAUGCCACAGAGCAGCCGCCCAUGCCACCGCUGAAGUCUCCCAAAUCUCCCAGAUUUUCAAAUGGUUCGCGUUUAUCCAAGCUGUUUAGCUCCAAUGCUCGAGCGAACCCGGACGGUGGAAAACUGAAAUCCCCAAAGCUUCCUCUUCGAAAGUUGGGAAUAUCAUCACCACUUGCCUCUCCCGGCCCACAACCCCCCCCAAACAUAUACACAUGA